CAAAAUGAUUAUUUCUCAUAAUAAUAAUAAUAAUAAUAAUAAUAGAAACUAGUACAACAUGAUGAAGCACAAAACCCUAAAAUCAUCUAAAAACAAAACAUCAAUCUUCUAGACACUAAGAUAGUCUAUAUGAAGUCUUCCAUGUUUAAUGAAGUGAUUCUUUUGCAUUAAUUUAAAUAUAAGUGGAAAUUUAACAAAUCCAUUCCCCAAUCAAUUGAGCUCCAUAAACCAUUUGUUAUUUAGGGCAAAAAGAAAGUACCCAUCAGCUUUUUCCAUGUCCCAACUUUACAAUAAAGCUAAAACAAGAAUGAAUGUAAACAAUAAACAAGUAAAAGAAGAGAAAAAAGAAAAAUUAAAUAAAGGGAAAGAUAGAAAAAAAAAAUUGUGUAAAGUUUCUCCAAACCACAAAUAAGUGUAUUGUUGACAUAAUUGGCUCUCUUCCACUCCUUGCCUGUGAAAGCAUCACAAGGGCCCGUUUGGCUGCGCACCCAUCAACAAGGAAAGCAAAGCUAAGAGAGUAGUACUACUGAAGUGGGGAGAAGAAGGGAUUUUGGGUUAGGAAUGAUGGAAGGAAACCCUAAUUGGUGGAACUUGAACAACAUGAUGAGAUCACAAGCUUCAUUUUCACCAUGUUCUUCUUUCUUUGAUCAACAGCAUACUACUUCUGAUUCUGAUCAUACUUCUUCAAACUCUUAUGUUGAUGGCCAAGAACAAUUUCCACAAUCAUGGAGCCAACUACUCAUGGGUGGAAUGGCUAAUGAAGAAGAAGGUGGUAACCACUCAAUUAGUCAAUUACAAGGAAAGAACAUGGAAACUGAUAACUGGGAGUAUCAUCAUGAUCAAACCUUAAACCCUUUGUCCAAUUUAAGGUUUCUUGCUGUUGAUGCAAAGGAAUCGGUUGCACCAUCUAUUCUCGACGUUCAUGGCGGAGAUGAUUCUUAUCAUCGAGAAACAUUAAUGCUUCAGACAUGUAUUAGUAUUAAUAAUUCUAGUAUUGUUCAUGUUACCAAUGAUCCUAGUAUGUCUCAAGAAUCAUUUAUAAGCAACGGCUCAGUCGAUAUCUCGAAUAAUACAAAGAAAUCUGUUGUAGUCUCCAGAAGACAACAAAUUACAGAACAUGGUUCCACAUCUAAGUGUAACAGCAUGGUCACAGGUGUAGUUCAUAAGAAACCUAGGGUUCAGUCUUCAAGCCAACCACCUCUCAGGGUCAGAAAGGAGUUAGGAGAUAGAAUAACAGCUCUCCAUCAAAUAGUUUCUCCAUUUGGAAAGACUGACACUGCUUCUGUUCUGCUUGAAGCAAUUGGGUGCAUCAGAUUCCUUCAGGGACAAAUUCAGGCUCUCAGCUCCCCAUAUUUGGACAAUUCAGGAUCAACAAACAUCAGGCACCAUCAUCCAUUCUCUCAUGUUCAAGGAGAAAUAAAUUAUGCAUUUCAUUUUGAUCAGGAAGAAGAGGAUGGUGGAAAAGACUUGAGAAGUAGAGGAUUGUGUUUGGUUCCAAUUUCUUCCAUUAAUAAUAAUAAUAAUAAUGAGAUAGAAAGUAACAUCAAAGGAGGAGCUGCUGCUGAUUUCUGGGUAACUCAAGGCCUUGGUGGAGGUUUUUGAUGAUUAAUUAAUUAUUAAUAUGUUUGGCUGCACAAUAAUGACCAACUUCAAUAUAUAAUAUAUAUAUGAUUAAUUAAUUUAGCCCACCACUUUAUUUUG